AUGGGCUUGGUAGACUACCCGGACUCUUCAGGGUCGGAAGACGAGGCGCCCGUCAAGCCGACCACCGCGAAGCCCGCGUCCACCACAGGAAAGAAACCGUUCCAGAAAGUCGUCGACCGAUCGAACCCAGGCAAGAUCGUCGUCAACCUGCCGUCGACACAAGGGGAAGAUCCGAAACCCUCGAGCGAUGAGCCGCCAGCCAAACGCGCUCGCACCGGGAAGGGCGGCCUGUUCAGCGGCUUCAAUUCCUUCCUCCCCGCACCGAAGAACACCACGAAGGCUGCUCCGGCGCAGAGCAGGAACAGCAGCUCAUCGCGGCCAGUAUUCCAGCUCAAGACCGGCGCGGAGCCUGGCUUCAGCAGGGAAAGAGGAGGCGUAGAUGGAGAUGGAUCGUCGGGGAUAAGUGGCGGCGGCCUGGGCCUGCCCGCCCCCAAGGCUCAGGCGCAGCCGACGAUACCAGAGGGUAUGAAACCGGCGGACGAAGUCAAGUUGGUCGGGAAGCCGAUGAUGUUCAAGCCCCUCUCCGUGGCCCGGAAACCGAAGAAGAAGACCUCGGCCUCGGCUUCUCCCUCGGCAGCGCCCAAGGCGACACCUGCAGUAGAUGUAGGGUCUGAAGCGAAAGACACGCCAACGCCGGCGCCAGCACCGACGAAGGUCUCCCUCUUCUCCAUAGAAACCGAUGACGACACCGCGGCCGCGCCGACGGACGCGGCACCCGCCAGCGGCACAUACGAGCCGCUCUUCGCGACGGAGCAGCCGACGGACAAUGGCUAUGCGGACUACGCGGCGCAGGCCGGCUGGUCGGCCCCGACGACGGCGCCCGACACCGCCAACUCGCUCGACACCAUCGCCGACGAUCUCAACCUCUCGGCGGCGGCGCGGCGGGAGCUCUUUGGCCGGCAAAAGGGUAGCGGCGCGGGCGUCCCGCAGACGGCCUCGCGGGUCAUCAAUUUCAACAUGGACCAGGAGUACCAGCACAACGAGGAGCUGCGGGCCGCGGGCCAGCAGCAGAUUCACAACCCCGUGCGGUCCAUCGCGCCGGGCAAGCACAACCUGCGGCAGCUCGUCAACCAGGUGCAGAACCAACGCGAGGCGCUCGAGGACAGCUUCGCCAAGGGCAAAAGCAACAGGAAGGAGGCGUCGAGCCGGUACGGAUGGUAG